CCCAGAGGUGGGAGAAUGUACCUUAGAGUCUGCUUUCCCUCUGCCUGUGGGCCCUCAAAGAGCAGCUCCUCCCCCCCCCCCCCCCCGGAAAUCUGAGGCUCAGGAUGGGGACUGGAUACCCCUGCCCACCCCAGUUGGUGGCUCUGAUGUGGCCUCUGCUGCAACGGCUUUGACCUCCAGGUCCUGAGUGUUUUAUACGAGGCCUUGGGUAGCUUGUGAUUUGCAGAAAGCUUGGCGCUGGCUGUGGUCUUCUAUCCUUUGCCUGGGCCGCUGCCCCCCUGGCUGCCUCCCAGGGCCCAUUUGCAGCGCAGAUGAGGACAGAGAGGUAGGUUCGGGGGGCAUCCCAGGAGCUUCUCAGCCUGGUUUAGUGACACCACCCUGUCCCUGGUGACCUGGGUGAAGGGUGGGAAGUGGCAGAGUCAGAAAGGGCAGUCACUCUCAGGUCCCUCUUCUCCUGUUUGUCUGUCUAUCUCUCUGCAGGAGCUGGGUCCCUUCUUCCUCUCUUCCUGUCUGUCCUUCCUGGUCCCUGUUUCCUCCUCUCGUUGCCUUUGCUGCUUCUGCCCUCCUCACCUGGAGACCCAGGUCUGCUGGACCCAUCCAUCCCCUCUGGGGCCAUGGGAUCGCUGCUUGGGCUCCUGGCACUGCUGCUGCUAUGGGGUGCUGUGGCUGAGGGUCCCGCCAAGAAGGUGCUGACCCUGGAGGGGGACCUGGUGCUGGGCGGGUUGUUCCCAGUGCACCAGAAGGGUGGCCCGGCGGAGGACUGUGGCCCUGUCAAUGAGCACCGUGGCAUCCAGCGCCUUGAGGCCAUGCUUUUCGCACUGGACCGCAUCAACCAUGAUCCCCACCUGCUCCCUGGUGUGAAACUGGGUGCACACAUCCUCGACAGCUGCUCCAAGGACACACACGCCCUGGAGCAGGCGCUGGACUUCGUGCGUGCCUCACUCAGCCGCGGGGCCGAUGGCUCCCGCCACAUCUGUCCCGACGGCUCUUACGCCACCCAUGGUGACGCUCCUACUGCCAUCACUGGUGUCAUUGGCGGCUCCUACAGCGAUGUAUCCAUCCAGGUGGCCAACCUCCUGCGGCUCUUUCAGAUCCCACAGAUCAGCUACGCCUCCACCAGUGCCAAGCUGAGCGACAAAUCCCGCUACGACUACUUUGCCCGCACAGUGCCCCCUGACUUCUUCCAAGCCAAGGCCAUGGCUGAGAUUCUCCGCUUCUUCAACUGGACCUACGUGUCCACUGUGGCGUCCGAGGGUGACUAUGGCGAGACAGGCAUCGAGGCCUUUGAGCUGGAGGCCCGCGCCCGCAACAUCUGUGUGGCCACCUCGGAGAAGGUGGGCCGUGCCAUGAGCCGGGCCGCCUUCGAGGGUGUGGUGCGGGCCCUGCUGCAGAAGCCCAGUGCCCGCGUGGCCGUCCUGUUCACACGGUCCGAGGACGCCCGGGAGCUGCUUGCUGCCACCCAGCGCCUCAAUGCCAGCUUCACCUGGGUGGCCAGCGAUGGCUGGGGGGCACUGGAGAGCGUCGUGGCGGGCAGCGAGGGGGCUGCCGAGGGCGCCAUCACCAUUGAGCUGGCCUCCUACCCCAUCAGUGACUUUGCCUCCUACUUCCGCAGCCUGGACCCCUGGAACAACAGCCGGAACCCCUGGUUCCGGGAGUUCUGGGAGCAGAGGUUCCGCUGUAGCUUCCGGCAGCGAGACUGUGCAGCCCACUCUCUGCGGGCUGUGCCCUUCGAGCAGGAGUCCAAGAUCAUGUUUGUGGUCAACGCCGUGUACGCCAUGGCCCAUGCGCUGCACAACAUGCACCGCACCCUCUGCCCUAACACCACCCGCCUCUGUGACGCCAUGCGGCCGGUCAACGGGCGGCGCCUCUACAAGGACUUCGUGCUCAAUGUCAAGUUUGACGCUCCCUUCCGCCCGGCUGACACUCACAAUGAGGUCCGCUUCGACCGCUUUGGUGAUGGCAUUGGCCGCUACAACAUCUUCACCUACCUCCGGGCAGGCAGUGGGCGCUACCGCUACCAGAAGGUGGGCUACUGGGCAGAAGGCCUCACCUUGGACACCAGCCUCAUCCCCUGGGCCUCCCCCUCCGCAGGGCCCCUGCCUGCCUCUCGCUGCAGCGAGCCCUGCCUGCAGAAUGAGGUGAAGAGCGUGCAGCCCGGUGAGGUCUGCUGCUGGCUCUGCAUCCCGUGCCAGCCCUAUGAGUACCGGCUGGAUGAGUUCACCUGUGCUGACUGCGGCCUGGGCUACUGGCCCAACGCCAGCCUCACCGGCUGCUUCGAGCUGCCCCAGGAGUACAUCCGCUGGGGCGAUGCCUGGGCCGUGGGACCUGUCACCAUUGCCUGCCUGGGUGCCCUGGCCACGCUGUUUGUGCUGGGUGUCUUUGUGCGGCACAAUGCCACGCCGGUGGUCAAGGCGUCAGGCCGGGAGCUCUGCUACAUCCUGCUGGGUGGCGUCUUCCUCUGCUACUGCAUGACCUUCAUCUUCAUCGCCAAGCCCUCCACGGCGGUGUGCACCUUACGGCGCCUCGGCCUGGGCACCGCCUUCUCUGUGUGCUACUCAGCCCUGCUCACCAAGACCAACCGCAUUGCGCGCAUCUUUGGGGGGGCCCGGGAGGGUGCCCAGCGGCCACGCUUCAUCAGUCCCGCCUCACAGGUGGCCAUCUGCCUAGCGCUCAUCUCGGGCCAGCUGCUCAUCGUGGCCGCCUGGCUGGUGGUGGAGGCACCGGGCACGGGCAAGGAGACAGCUCCCGAACGGCGGGAGGUGGUGACGCUGCGCUGCAACCACCGUGACGCCAGCAUGCUGGGAUCCCUGGCCUACAAUGUGCUGCUCAUCGCGCUCUGCACGCUGUACGCCUUCAAGACGCGCAAGUGCCCCGAGAACUUCAACGAGGCCAAGUUCAUUGGCUUUACCAUGUACACCACCUGCAUCAUCUGGCUGGCUUUCCUGCCCAUCUUCUACGUCACCUCCAGCGACUACCGGGUGCAGACCACCACCAUGUGCGUGUCGGUUAGCCUCAGCGGCUCCGUGGUGCUCGGCUGCCUCUUCGCACCCAAGCUGCACAUCAUCCUCUUCCAGCCACAGAAGAACGUGGUCAGCCACCGGGCGCCCACCAGCCGCUUCGGCAGUGCUGCUGCCAGGGCCAGCGCCAGCCUCGGCCAAGGGUCCGGCUCCCAGUUUGUCCCCACCGUUUGCAACGGCCGCGAGGUGGUAGACUCAACGACGUCAUCGCUCUGAAGCCCCCCGUAGUGCUGCCCUGACACAGCUGCUCCCGGCACCCAGCAUAGAUCUGCGUCCAGGGCCAGGAGGAAGUUGGCUGGAGCACUGCAAUAAUGCCCACCCCAUGCCCGCCCCCAGAGUCACUGCCUCCUGCUUGCCCCAACCCUUCGGAGUCCGAAGUCGGGGUCCCUGGCCUGGGAGCCCCUGCAGCGGUCACAGGUGCCCUUGCAGCCGUUCCCCUCCCUGCCCUGUCCAGGGCUCCCAGGGGAGCGAGCCAGGGUGCACUGCCCCAGAACGGGCUGGCUGAGGACGGCAGGCCCCAGCCCCCAGUCAGCAAAGGUGCUUCCAGCCCAGUCCUUCCCCUAGGGCCUUUUUAAUUUUUUAUAUAAGUUACUCUGGGGUGGGGAGGGUGGUAAUCGUGCGGGCCAUUCCUCCCCCGGCACAGUAGCUUGU